AUGUCUAAACUCCAUCAGUACGGCAAUUAUGGUCUGCCAUUUGUGCCAGACAGUUGGCAUACACUGAAGGUACGCAUGCAGCAAAAAGUAGAAGCAGAAGGAGUGAUGGCAAGCGGCGGGGACGAAUUGGGCUUCGAAGAUAUUGGAAAGGUCGUGCAUUUCUGCACGCGAAAUUACAUGGGCGCCAUACAGCGCACUGUUGAGAAUAAUAUGAUGAGCUCCAGUACUGUCCACGCUGUCGACCUGGUCUAUGUCGAUGAUGCUGUAAUUGGAGAGACAUUGAUAAACAAACUGCAGGAGCGCGCGCGGAAAUUGCGCGAGUUGUAUCACACAUCACGAAACCAUCAGGCGAACUUGGAUCGGCAUUGGCGUAAGACGCUCGAAAAAAAGAGUAUAGUUUAUCGUUGUUCUUUCUGA